AUGUCUGCGCCAACUUCUCCUACAGUCUCAUCUGAGUCUGUAGAGCGACCUGAACUCGGAGAUCAUACGAUCUCAGCUGGGUCUGGUCACACCCGUGGCCUCUCUAGUGAGGAUAAGCCCAAGAACCAACGGAGAUCGAUCCAGUUUAGCAUUGCAGAGGCUCAGUUGCCUAGUCGCCCGUCGAGCUUCAAGGAGAAGCGACUGUCAUACGGGGAUACCCCGUCGAGGGAACUAUUGGAGGAAAAGGAACGCGAACAUAAAGCUGCCCAAUUGAAUCGAGGGCCGUCUCCACCGCCACCGAAAACCUACGAGCGAGGCGUCUCUUUUGACACGUUCGACAAUUUCGAUGCGACCGACUUCUCCCUCACAUUAAACUACAAACACAAAGGCUACCAGUGCACGCGUCGUAGCAGGACCUUUUUGUGCGGAACGGACCAGAACGACUACUCCGAGUUCGCCCUCGAAUGGCUCAUUGACGAGCUGGUGGAUGACGGCGACGAGAUCGUCUGUCUUCGGGCGGUGGAGAAGGACUCGAGCAUAGCCAGCGACGCUGGAAUCGAAGAGCGAAAGUACCGCGAAGAGGCCGAGAAGCUAUUUGAGCAGGUGAUUCGGAAGAACAGCCAGAAUGAGAAGGCCAUCAGUUUGGUCCUGGAACUUGCCGUGGGCAAGGUUGAGAGCAUCCUCCAACGCAUGAUCCGCAUAUACGAGCCUGCAAUGCUUGUCGUCGGUACACGAGGACGCAACUUGAAAGGAGUGCACAGUCUGCUCCCAGGCUCCGUCUCCAAAUACUGUCUCCAGCAAUCCCCCAUCCCGGUGAUAGUCGUUCGGCCUUCAACGAAGCGCGAAAAGAAGAAGAAAAAGCGCCGUGCAGACCCAACACGACGCAGCUACAACCAUAUCCUGGAAAUGAGCGAACAGCGCGGCAGUCAGAUAUUCGGCGCCAGUGCUAGCAACGAUAGCAGCACUUCGAAGCUGCCAGACGAGGAGGCAGCAGUGGCAGAGGCACUCGGACUCCCUGCAUCAUACUCGAAUACGGCCUCGCGCAGUUCUUUGUCGGUCUCAGACCGUAGUAGCGUUAGCCACGAUGACUCCGACUCAACUUAUCCUAUUCGGAACUCUCUGGAUGCAGUGGUUAUGGCGAGUCCGGGUGUUGCAAGUUCAGCAGAUAGCUCCCAGGAGAGCGUCAUUGCUGGCAGUAGUGCCCAGCCAUCUCCUUUGCUAGAGAGCACCGUGGCCUCACCUACUCCAUCCGAUCAACUCGAGUCUCCUGUGCCAGACCCCGCUCCCGAGGCUGAUAAGCCAGAGGAGGAUGAGCCUUCCGAUUCAAGCAAGAACCCCGUGUCAAUCCCGAUGAUUGAAGUGUCAGAGAACAACGAUGAAGACGACAACAAGAAGGGAUCUGAAUCCUGA